AUGCAGAAAAUUUACAGAAAAGCACAAGGAGUCAUUCUUUGGCUAGGCCCCGCAAAAGAUGACAGUGACCUUGCAAUCGAGAUUUUACAGAUAAUGGAAACUACACGUAUUGGAGAAAGACAAAUCGUGGAAUCUACAAACAAAAGUCGUAUAGCUUGGCGUGCAGCACUCCUUGCCUUUUGCCAACGCCCAUAUUGGUGCCGUGUCUGGAUAAUGCAGGAAAUAUGUCUUGGCAGGGAGUAUAUAGUCCACUGUGGUGGCAAAAGUAUCUUAGGUAAUACCUUCGAUGAAUCCUUCAAGAAGUUGGCAAGAUCGAGGGGCCGUGGAGAUGCUUGGAAUGAUGCCGUGAAAGAAACCCUGGCAGUCCGGCAUAUCACUAUGUUUAGGUAUUGGGCACAAAGAGGACAACUCUUCCGCCUGGGACAGUGCUUGAAUAUUUGCCUGGAUGAUUUCAUUGCCACAGAGCCUAGAGACUUUGUAUAUGGAAUACGUGGUCUUGUUAGUGACUGUGGGAAUGAUGAAUUAGUCCCUGAUUACCAAAAACCUUUGAAACAUGUAUUUUUCGACACAGUUCCUAUUCUGAAACGUUCUUCCAAUUCGUCGGUACAAGUUGCUAGUAAACUGGCGAAAAAGCUUGGCUUGACUGAGGACGAUGAUGUACAACUCUGCUUAUCAGAAAUGGAGGACGAUAACCAUGAAUUCGAGAAGUCUCAAAGAAAGAUUCAGAAAGACUAUCCAGGGGGAAUGAGGAAGAGACUGCAGAGAAGAAAUCGGAGGGGGACCGGAAAUGGAAAGAGCGGCAAGAUAAACUACGAUUGGGAACUUGACCCAGAAGAAGUUGAAUAUUCAGACUUGGAGGACGGAGAGAGAGUAGAGAAUUCUUCGGAUGAAGCUUCUAGUUUGGAAGAGUGA